AUGGCUGCAACGCAGGAGGUUAAUGUCCGGGGAAUGCGUAUCCUCUUCGUGUCCCUGUUGUCCAUCAUAAGCCUCAACAAUGUGGCGGCCAUGCCUAUGCCUCUUAUUGAGCCCUUCCAAACAGUCAACCUUCACGAAGAUAAUGUUGCACAGACCACACUGGCAUUGAUCAAUUGUACCGAUAUGCAAAACGCAAACGGCAACGAAUGUGGCACCUGCAACCUCGUCGAUAUCACCAACGACGGGAACUUAUUCUUCACCGGAAAUCUUGUCAACAACAACUUAUUCAACAAUGGACCCUUUGAUGUGUUCAGAAUAAGUAAUACUUUUCUGACCAAUUCAAACAGGUUCUUCAUCGUGUUCGUCCCAAACCAAGGACAAAACCUUGACUACAGCAUCAUCAGGACGUACAGAAUCGAGGUGCAGUGUCUCGCCACUGACGGCAUCACUGUGAGUCCAAGCCAGAUUCUGGAAGUUGACAUCAUUCCCAACCAGGCUCCUAUCGUGGCCGGCCUUCCUGGAGUGACGGUGACCCUGGACGCUAGGAAUGGUCCAGUGGGCAGUUUGGUAUUUGAUGUUCAAGUGAGCGACAACGAGACCGAUCCCAUUUCAUAUGUGCUGACCGUCGAGCCAUCCACAAUCGACCUCUUCCAGAUCAGUCAACAGGAUGGAAUAAUAUCUGUCAUCAAAGACCUGAGAACGGCAACCGUCACGCCAGUGACAUUAAGAGUCAACGUCAGUGACGGCAACCACGUCGUCGGGCCCCUCACCAUCACUGUCAAUUUUAUCAACAUGAACAGUCGUCCUACAGUGCAGAACCUCCCUCUCAACGUCACCCUCAACGAAGACGCUCCGGCAGGGACAUUGAUUGCGACACUGACCAUAUCUGAUCCAGACAUCUUCCAGACAAUAGCCCCUGUCUUCAACGUCAAUCCUAUUUCAGAGGCAUCCAAGUUCAUAUUCAAUACCGGAACUAAUCAAGUCCGGUUGAACACAGUUGCUACCGGUGCAACUCUCCUGGACGCCGAGUCUGUCAAUAGUGUCAACCUGUCUUUCUCCCUCUUCGACGGCUUCCUCCCCUCCGUCAACGCAUUCAUCUCUCUCACUAUCGCCAGUGUCAAUGAACCGCCGUUCUUCAGCAAACCUGUUCAUUUCUGCACGCUGCUGGAAGGCAAUCAAUUUGGCUCAACGUGUGCUCUCGGUCUGACCAUAAGAGAUCCAGAAGGGGACAUAAUUCUGUCCCCGUUCCUGAAUCCCGCAAACAACAGCAAUCUCUUUUCCCUGGAGAAUGACAACCUCAGAAUAAAUAACAACUAUGUAGUCGACGGUGGUGCCUUCCCCGCAUCAACAACGUUGACGAUAGAGGUAGCGGACGACCAGGGAGCGACAGGAUCCGCUCUCAUUCAGGUGAAUGUUUUAGACCAGAACACCCAGACACCAGACUUUGGGGGCAGUGCCACGUCUGUCGUGAUUACUCAGAACGUGCUGACGCCGCCCACGACGCUGGCAACGCUCACCGCUACCGACGCCGACCUAACCUCUCCCAACAAUGACGUCACCUUACGCCUCCAAAGUAGCGUCAAUUUGGGAAGCAACGUUAUAUUCACUAAUGACGGUCGGAUAACAUAUUUGAACCGCUUCCCCGCUAACAAAGACUGCUCUGAUUGUAGACUGGAAAUUAUAGCGUUUGAUGGAGGAACUCCAGCCCGUACCGCAACGACAACAUACUACGUGAGCUUCGUCACCACCACUACCACUCCUGCUACAACGACCACCACUACAACGACCACGACAACCACAACCACCACGGCAGCUGCUGUAGUUUCUUCAUCUGACGCAUUUUCUACUCCUGCUGGAGCGGCAGUCUUGGGUAUACUGAUCGCCCUCCUGAUCCUUCUGUUGUUGCUGGUGUUGGGUUACUUCCUGUACAGGUACUGUACGUACGGUACAUGUUGCGGCCCAACCGGACCCAAUGGAGCCGGUGCGAUAGGUGGAGGAGGAGGUGGAGGCGGAGGAAUGUGUGGAAACUGCUGUGGCGGACCACAACUACGGACUCCUCCCCCUCAGGACGGGUUCCGGAACAACACCUACAAGGCCUCGGGCGACUACAAGGAUGACUUCUGGAAUAACAAUGAUGGCUAUAUCGACAACAGACCUCGCUCCAUCAAGUCUGUCCGCAUCGGUGGCUUCUCGCCAAGCGGCAACCAGAGGGCGCUCCCGUCAAACCGACCGUAUUAG